AAGGGCGGCGGCGGCGACUCUGCGCCGCCCUGAGGAGCGCCCCGGCGGCGGCGCUGCUGCGGCUGAGGAGCGAGCCGGCUCCGGGCCUCCGCGUCCUCCUGCUCCCCGGGCCCCCCGCCUCCUCGGGGGGGCGGCGGCGGCGAUGUUCUCGGUCCUCUCGUACGGGCGGCUGGUGGCCCGCGCCGUGCUCGGCGGCCUCUCGCAGACCGACCCCAGGGCCGGUGGCGGCGGUGGCGGUGACUACGGGCUGGUGACGGCCGGCUGCGGCUUCGGCAAAGACUUCCGCAAGGGCCUUCUCAAGAAGGGCGCGUGCUACGGGGACGACGCGUGCUUCGUGGCCCGGCACCGCUCGGCAGAUGUGCUCGGGGUUGCAGAUGGUGUAGGAGGGUGGAGAGACUAUGGAGUUGAUCCAUCCCAGUUCUCAGGGACUUUAAUGCGGACGUGUGAACGGUUAGUAAAAGAAGGACGGUUCGUCCCAAGUAAUCCCAUCGGAAUCCUCACCACAAGCUACUGUGAGUUGCUGCAAAAUAAAGUACCUUUGCUUGGUAGCAGUACUGCCUGCAUCGUGGUGCUGGACAGAACUAGUCACCGCUUACACACAGCAAACCUGGGUGAUUCAGGCUUUCUGGUUGUCAGGGGUGGUGAGGUUGUGCACCGAUCAGAUGAGCAGCAGCAUUACUUCAACACUCCAUUCCAGCUCUCAAUUGCACCACCUGAAGCCGAAGGAGUCGUCCUGAGUGACAGCCCGGAUGCUGCUGAUAGCACAUCUUUUGAUGUCCAGUUAGGAGACAUUAUUCUGACGGCAACAGAUGGACUUUUUGACAACAUGCCUGAUUAUAUGAUUCUUCAGGAGCUAAAAAAAUUAAAGAAUUCAAAUUAUGAAAGUAUACAGCAGACGGCAAGAAGCAUUGCUGAGCAAGCCCAUGAGCUGGCCUAUGACCCAAAUUAUAUGUCACCUUUUGCACAGUUUGCAUGUGACAACGGAUUGAAUGUGAGAGGUGGAAAGCCUGAUGACAUCACCGUCCUUCUUUCAAUAGUGGCUGAGUAUACAGACUGACUCGCCUAGGUGUCAACUCUGGCCUUUCCUUUCAUCUUCCCAAAUUCUCCCCUGCCAUGUGUGCUGAUCCUGCUGGCAGGACUGUUUCUUUGCCACUGAUCUUGAUGGCCAGUGAUGUAAGCCUUUGCCUGUCUUUCUGAGACCUGGUUGAGAUCUUUGUGGAAAACCACUACUGUCGUUCACUAGCUUGUAUCUGCCAGCAACUUUGAAGAGAAUCAAGAUUUGAAGAUUGACCUUCACUGCUUACUGUCCUUUCUAUGAUGGAAUGAAGGUUUUCAAUGCCAGAAUGGCUAUUAUGUUUUAAAAAUGGUUUAAGUAUUGAAAAUGAGUGAUGUUAGUGAAGUGAAUUCAAAAUUUACAGUGUGUAAAAGGGAUUUUAAAAGUCUAACACAAAUUGUAUGUUAUGGUACAUCUACUAGAAACAUACAUUAUCAUCAAAAGAAAUGUUACACGUGUACUAUACAGUCUUUGUUAUGAUGAUUGGUGUGGCUUUAUGUUUUCAUUAUAAACUCCUAUUUUUCAGGGGCUUAUAAUUCUGCUCUAAAACAUUGCUCUGGAUUAUGAAAUCAUUAUCCCAGGAGCUUUUUCAUUAAAAAUUGGAAGAAAAAUUUAGUUCAGUUCUAAGGAUGCAAAUGUUUUUCUGGUUUUUAAAAGAUGCUUAAUUGUGCUCCUAUGAGGAAAGUUCCGGCAGUUUAUUGAUUAGUCCAAAUUAUAGGCUUGUGGCCCCAAGGCCGCCUCCUAUGCAGGAGGCCUUGGGGAGCCUCCCUACCAGAUUUUUUCAAUGGAAAUAUUACCCAAGAUUAUAAAACACCUCAAAGCCUAGGAAUUUUAAUGUUAUGGCUGAAAUUCCUCCCAGCUUUCUGAUAGGAGAUCCCUAUGUGGGAGCUCUAGGCCCACAGGCCUGAUAGGUUGAGAGUGGACAGCUUUAACUUUGAAUCUGGUUGGGUUUUGAUGUUCAUGCUACUCAUAGUCUCCCUCUCAGACCUUUCAUUACUAGCCUUGCUUUCCGUAGAGCAUGCACCAAAUUCAGGGAGUCCGUGUGAAAAGAGUACUGUGGGCAGUGGCAGCAGCACAAGAGCCCACGAGGAAAACUCCCGGUGAUGAUCUGACAUUUGCAUUUGCCCUACACAGAAAUUUAGGGGUCCGAAUCAAGCUUAAUGUUUACAGUUUCCGAAUAGCCAUCUUGCAGUGUAUAGUUUCCUUAUAAAACUACCCUGCAUUCAGUUUUCCCUUUAUCUGCAAGCUCAAACUUAUUUUUAAGGUUUAUGUACAAGUCAACUGCUGUAAAGAUA